UGUCCAUCAUAUCCUAUGACCCAAACCAGUUCACCCCUUCAUCAGAGAGAAUGGAUAUCACAUCCUUUCUCUCGUCUUCUUCAUCUUCUCCUCUUUCAACUCUUCAGAAUCUCAAAAGAAGGAAAGCAUUUAGGGUUUGUUCUCUUCAACAGAAUCAUUCACCCACUCCAAAUUCACCUCAAAAGAUAAAUUUUCCUUGGCGUCAAAAAAGAAGUGAGGGUGAAUUUGAUAAUGUUGUUGAUUUUGCAUCGGUAGUUCACAUUUUGGGUAAGAAAAGAAGGCCUGAUCUAGCUAAGAAACUGCUCGUCGAAAUAGAAUCUGAAGGUUAUGUACCUAGUUGUGCUACUUUGUCAGCUCUGAUGCUGUGUUAUGUAGAUAAUGGACUUGUAUCACAUGCCCAGGCUGUAUGGGAAGAGAUUAUAAAUAGUUCGUUCGUGCCAAGUAUCGAAGCAAUCUCUGGUUUAAUUGAUGCAUAUGGAAAUUUGGGUUGUUAUGACGAGGUGUUUAGGAUACUGCGUGAUGUGACUCUGAGGAACUUCAAUUCAUCUUCUCAGGUUUACUCGUUGGCUAUCUCUUGUUUUGGUAAACGAGGGCAGCUAGAAAUGAUGGAAACUGUGAUGAAUGAAAUGGUUUUGGAUGGUUUUAGAAUGAAUUCUGUCACAGGAAAUGCCAUCAUUAAAUAUUAUGCGGAGUAUGGUUCUUUGGUGGAGAUGGAAACUGCCUAUGGUAGGGUUAAAAGAUCUAGGAUUCUUUUGGAGAGAGAAGGAAUUAGAGCAAUGGCUUCUGCGUAUAUAAAGGACAAGAAGUUUUAUAAGUUGGGGGAGUUUUUACGGGAUGUUGGUCUUGGUAGGAGGAACGUAGGAAAUCUUCUGUGGAAUCUCCUUUUGUUGUCUUAUGCUGGUAACUUUAAAAUGAAAAGUUUGCAGAGGGAAUUCUUGAGUAUGUUAGAAGCUGGCUUUUCUCCUGAUCUUAAUACAUUUAAUAUACGGGCGAUGGCUUUUUCGAGAAUGUCUUUAUUUUGGGAUCUCCAUUUAAGCCUCGAACAUAUGAAACAUGAAAAAAUCGUUCCGGAUAUUGUGACUUAUGGGUGUGUGGUUGAUGCAUUCUUGGAGAGAAAACUCGCAAGAAACUUGGAUUUUGCUUUAAGCAAAAUGGAUCUUGAUUCCUCUCCAUUUGUUUCAACUGAUCCUUUAGUAUUUGAGGUUUUCGGGAAAGGUGAUUUUCAUUCAAGUUCAGAGAUACUUUUAGAAUCUAAAUGGAAGGAGAAAUGGACUUACAGGAAGCUAGUAGCAAUCUAUGUCAAGAAAAAGUACCGUAGUAACCAAAUCUUUUGGAAUUAUUGAGAGGUGUUAUGUCGGUUCAUAGUUUUCGAAUCUGGUCCAGUUAUCAUCAGAAAAUGGUUACAUGAGAAAAUGGCUUUUGAUCAGAAUCUAUAGCUGGGAAAAGCGAACCACUGUAUUUUUUGGUAAAUAAACAUUUUUGGAAAAAUCGACUCGAAAAAGUGUUACAGGCACCCGGAGGAAGUGUUAUUGGCACCUAUACUUUGGUUCAAGGCACCACCAGGACAACUGCUAAAGACACUCAUACUCUGGAUAUGGGGAACCUCUCUUUCUUCUUCUUCGUUCAAAGGCUAUUUUGGCAGGAAAAUAAAUUAACCCUCCUGUGAAUUCUUCUUGGAUUAAAUUUUGGAUUAUCUUGUUGGUGUAAAACAUGAUUGCUAUGUCCCCUUGAUUCGAAAAAAUAGGGAUAAAUCUACGGUUUAUAUAAAACAAAGGUGCGGAGAAGUUCUCAGUUUCUUUUGCU